UCCACCGUCCCAUGAUGCAGCGCGGGGGCGGCGGCAGCGGCAGCGGCAGCGGCGACAGCGACGGUGGCGGCCGCCAUGUUGUGGUAGUUUGUUGUUCUCCUGCGGUUGCUGCGCACGGAGAGGCCGCGGGAGGGGAAGCGGCCGCGCCGUGAAUCCGGGCCCUCCCCCGGCCCCCUCUCCCCGUCGGCCCUGAGGAGGACGCGAGGGCGCCGCCGGGAGCCUCUGUCGCCUGGGCAGGACGAGGAGCCAUGGCUGCCGCCCUGGGAGGAGGAGCAGAUGACGACUUUGAUCAGUUUGAUAAGCCUGGUGCGGAAAGGUCUUGGAGAAGAAGAGCUGGAGAUGACGACUGGGACAGUGAACUUGACGACGACUUGCUCGGAGAGGAUUUGCUAACCGGCAAAAAGAAUCAGUCAGACUUAUCUGAUGAAGAACUGAAUGAUGAUCUUCUGCAAAGUGACAAUGAAGAGGAACCAGAUUUUGGUUCUCAAGGUGUCACAGUUAGCCUCAACGCCACAUCAGGCAUGCUUACAUCCUACGAACUUUCUGAGACCAUCAACGAUCACUCCAUCGAACAUGAGUCUGAAUAUGACCAAGGGGAAGAUGAAAUAGUUUAUGGCAAAUCAGAAGCACCUGAAGUGUAUGCUUCAGAGUAUGCGGAGGAGGGACACUAUGAAGGCAACGAUCCUGAACUGACAGAAGACCAAAUAGAAUAUGGGGAAGAGCCUGGAGAAGAUGAUGAAGUGCUAGACCUUGAAAUCAAUGAACCUCUAGAUGAAUUUCCAGAUGAAGAUUACAUGCAGUCAUAUAAUGAGCAAGCAAUGGAAGAACAAGAAGAAUAUCCAGCUGAUGAGGAACUGGAAGAUUCACAGACCAUGACAAAUGAAUCAGAAGAGGCAGCUAUUGAAUCUCUGGAGCUUCAGGAAGAAACAAAAGAAGAAUCUGAUGAAGAGGAGGAUGACGAUGAAGAGUCUGGACGACUGCGCUUCAAAACUGAGCGGAAAGAAGGAACGAUAAUUAGGCUAUCGGAUGUGACAAGAGAAAGGAGAAACAUUCCAGAAACUUUGGAACUCUCUGCAGAAGCCAAAGCGGCAUUACUUGAAUUCGAAGAAAGAGAAAGGCAGCUUAAGCAGGGGCGGUAUGGCUCGAGGAGAGGAGGGCGAAGAGGAGGCUCAGUGAUGUGCCACGGGAUGGGCGAACAAAGGCGAGACAACAACGAGAGGGGACGAAUGAAGGAUCACAGGCCUGCGCUGCUGCCCAACCAGCCGGCCACAAUGACUCAUUCACAGAGGUUAAUUCCACCACACCAGCAACCUGUUAGGAGUCUGUUCCAGCAGCAGCAACAGCAGCAGCAGCAGCAACAGCAGCAACAACAACAGCAACAACAGCAGCAGCAGCAGCAGCAACAGUUACAAUCUCUGCUUCCUUUACAGCAUCAGCAUCAUUCUUCCCCUCCUCCAGGGCUACAUAUGCCCCCUCAGAUAGAAACCCCUAGAAUAAUGAUGACUCCACCGCCAGUGACACCUCAGCAACCGAAGAACAUACACAUAAACCCACAUUUCAAGGGGACAGUAGUGACGCCUGUACAAGUGCCCUUGCUGCCAGUUCCAGCCCAGCCAAGACCUGCUGUAGGACCCCAGAGAUUUCCCGGCCCUCCAGACUUUCAGCAGCAUACUCCUGGACCUGUUCCUACCAACUUCUCCCAAGCCCCGAGGCUGCCCAUCCAGGACCAGUGGAGAGGCCCACCGCCACCUCCGCCACCACUCCCUCCUCCACCUCCUCAGGAAAGAGACCCUUUCUUCUUAGGAGAUCCCCGGUUUUCCAGCCAUCACCUGUUUGAGCAGCGGAGCCCCCCGCCGCCACCGCCCCCGCCGCUCCUCAACAGCGCCCACCCUGUGCCUACGCAGAGCCCCAUGCCGUUCAGCCAGCCCGGGCCGGCGUUUAACCAGCAAGGGCAGCAGCCCGUCUUCCCCAGGGAGAGGCCGGUGCGGCCCAACAUCCAGCCUCAGGGUCCCGUGGGAAUCCUGCACUUCAACCAGCCGGGCUCGGCAAAUCCGCGGCCCUUCAUGCCGCCCAGGCAGCAGUUCCUGCAGGCGCCGGCGCAGCCCUUCCUGGCCACGCACACGCAGCCCAACAUGCAGGGUCCCUUGCAUCCUCCGCUGCAGCCCCAGCCGCAGCCGCAGCCCCAGCAGCACCAUCACCAGCAGCAGCAGCAGCACCAUCACCAGCAGCAGCCGCAGCAGCACCAUCACCACCUGCAGGGCCCCCCGCAGCCCUUGAUGCCCAUGAACCAGCCCCAGUUCCGGCCCCACAUGCCGGCCGCCCAGCAGCAGCCCAAUAACAACCGGAUGCAGUGCCAGCAGCGACAGGGGCCCAUGAAGCCCAGGCAUAACACACCCUCCCAGAAUAUUGUCAAGCGUUCAAAUCAGCAGCUACAAACAACUGCUCCAAGAAACAGCAACUUACGUGAGUUGCCAAUAGCACCGUCACACGCGAUGGAAGUGAGCAACAACAGGCGAACUUCUACUCCAGCUGCUCAGGUCAAACCCAUUACCAGCACCAUGUCUGCCCCCAAGGCUGUAGCUGGUGCUGGAAACUUGCAGGGAAGGCCUGAGAUGAAAGCUAAAGCAAUCACACCAGUGGGCCAAGCAAAAUCAGAAGUAAAAUCUGAACCAGAGUAUCCCGAUGAAGAUGAAGAAACUAGAUUAUAUCGUUUGAAGAUAGAGGAGCAGAAGCGUCUGAGAGAAGAAAUCCUGAAGCAAAAGGAGCUGCGGCGGCAGCAGCAGGCUGGCGCUAGGAAGAGAGAACUGCUGGAGAGGCUUGCGCAGCAGCAGCAGCAGCAGCAGCCUGCCACGCAGCCGUCCUACAUGCAGCAGGAAGAGGAGCCCUGCGAGUUCCCCACCAACGGCAGCCCUUACAUACCCCACUCGGGCUUACAGGCCAGGCCAAAUGUCAAAAACAGACUCCUUGUUAAAAAGCAAGAUAUGGUAGUUCCACACAUGCAGCCCAAACCCACAGAUUUCCCACAGGUCGGGGCUAAUAUGCAGUACCAAGGACACCAAAUGAAACCGGUGAAGCAGCUGAGGCAGACCAGAACGAUACCCCCGAGUCAGCCUCAGGCGUCGCCGAAGGUCUUGCAGCCGAAACCCGCGGUGGCGGCACUGCCUGCGGUGCAGCCUGCUAGAGUAGCUUCGGUACAAGCCCGGCCCCAGGAGCUGAAACCCGGCGUGAAAAGGACUGUCAUGCAGCGCGCAAACAGCGCUAGCGGAGACGGGCCCCAUGUCGGCAGCAAAGUCAGGGUGAUUAAGUUGUCAGGAGGGGUCAUUAUGCAUGGGAGAGGCAGAGGAGUAGCAGGCCAGAUGGGCCGAGGACGCUUGAUGCCAAAUAAACAGAACCUGCGAGUGGUGGAGUGCAAACCUCAGCCCUGUAUUGUGUCAGUUGAAGGGCUUUCUUCAUCAACUACUGAUGUCCAACUGAAAAACCUGCUGAUGUCAGUGGGACCCAUUCAGAGUUUACAGAUGCUUCCUCAACAACGGAAAGCCAUAGCAAAAUUCAAGGAGCCAGCACACGCUUUAGCAUUUCAACAGAAAUUCCACAGGCACAUGAUAGAUCUGUCCCACAUAAACGUGGCGCUGAUAGUUGAGUGAUGUCUGCUGAGAGAGGUCCUUACACUAAUAGGAGCGUACUGUGGCGUUAAACGAGACGCGGUGGCGAGACCAUCGGGUUCUGAAACCUUUCAGCUUGCAGUCUUUAAUUGCUAUGUUGAACUACAGAAAGCAACAAGGUGUCCUCAAGGAGAGCUGAACUUGAGAGGAUCUGCAAAGGUGGAAUUUCUGUUCCGUUUGUUCACGUUCUGUUGUAACCACAUGGAACUGCAGAUUUUUUUCAAAGUGCUUACAAUGCAUGUAGACACUGAUCUUCAAGAUACUACUGUGUGACCACAGUGACUUGAGAGAGAACGUUUACAUCGAAAGAUUUAAAAACUUUCUUCAUAGCAAAGAAUAUUUGAUAAUGGUUGCUCUUAUCUUCAGUGUGAGGUAUUUAAAUGAAAACUCACCUUUUCUAAACAAAACACCUUAUUAUGUUGUAUAUCUGAGAGUAUAGAAGGUAUCCUUACAUAGAUUUAAACAUGGUCUACUUCACUGAAUAACAGUAUGCUGAGAAGCUUUGGAGGUGACACUGGAAAACUGUAGUUUCUAUAUCUGUAAAUAUGCUAAGUCUGUCUUUGCAUUUUCUGUUCCAACACAGACUUCCAUCUUCUCCUUCCAACUCCACUUAUUCCAUAAAACACUGUGUAGGAAUAACAUUGCUGUAUUUUCCCUUGGUUUUUAAAAACAAGGAUCUUUGCCCUCCAGUAGCAUCAUGGGGUAGUUAACUCCAAGUUGUAACUAAGUUGUUUUAAAUGGCAUUGCCAGAUAUAAGGAAAAAGAAAUAUUUAGUGGCUCACUUUAAAAAUGUUACACAGGAAGAGUGGUGCAUUCCUAAUAGUUCUUUGGGGCUAGUGUUUCAUAAUUGCCAUAUGCUUUAUUUUGAUUAGCUCUUUUUCUUUGAGAUUUAUUUUGUGACUAAUGCUGCACCAUAAGAAACCCGUAACUGCAAGGAUUUGGUUUGAUAUGUUGUUCCCGAUAAAAACAGGACUAUAAGAACUUUGUGAAUCUGCUGAUGAAAGUGGCAGUUCCAAAAAUUAUGUGCAAACUUUAAGGAGAUUAUAUUUUAUUCAAAGCAAAAUCCGUAGUAUUUCCUUUUGGUUAGAACCAUUUAGAUGGUAUUGCCAAAGGAACAACUUUUUUCAGUUAUUUUUGAAUAAACUCAUUAAACUGUCAUCUUUAUAUUGGAUUGCAGUUUUUAUGAACAUUUCCAUAGUUUUUAGACUGUGGGCUUUUGCUUGAUCCUUAUUUUAGGAAUACUCUUAAGCCCUCCACCUGCUAUUUGAAUGGAGGAACUUGCAGAAACUUUGUGGGCUUGUUACCUGAGUAACCACAGAAUAGCACUAUUGGUAUGUAAUGAAACAGCUGUGAGUGGGGUUGAAAAUAGGUGUGCUAAGCGUAGAAGGACGGACUAAGCAAGUUCAUCGUAGCAUAGAUCUCUUUUUUGCAAAGAUCUGACGGUGACCAAGUCACAAAACCGGCCUAAUUGGCUUUUCUACAGUUUUGGUAAAGAUGUUCAAUUAAGUAGAAGUUAUUAAAAUUGAUGAUUGAGUAAUAAAAACUGUCAAAAGUCUUCUAGAGAAAACUGCUUUUUCACUGAAAUAAUACAGAAUAAUUUGGUACUUUGAAACUGCUACACUGUCAAAAAGAAAUUUUUUAAGAGUUUUUAUAAGCCCAUUUACAACUUAGCAAAGGGACAGAGUGACAUCAUGAGAAUUUUCACGUGGAAGUGAGUUUUAUAUCUGUCUGCCUAGUUCCACAUUUAUGCAUAAUACUUAAUAUUCUUCAGCACGAUUACUGCGUCCUGUUCAGGUUAGCCCUAAGCCCAGGGUAGCAAAGGAGCCGCAGGUAGGGAAUGCCUGGUGGAAGCCGACCCUGAUGACUUAACACGAGGUGACCCCAGCGACUGGUGCUGCCAAGUGCGGUUUAAUUCCUCACGUCCAGGAGCACCAGACCCCUGUGCUUCCUCCUCAGGUUCUGUAAUUUUUUUUUUUUUUUUAAUAAAUGCUUGUAUUUAAAAACGAGUCAUUAAACAGUUAUUCAUCCCACUGCAAUAGCACAGCUUCUCUCAAUGAGAAGGAUGGGAAAAUGUCUAGGAACGGAGCGGUAAUAGUGUGUCUGGAAAUCUGCGCUAGCGGCAACUGCCAAAACAGGCCAGCAGCUGAGCUGAGCAGUAGGAACAUCUGCAGUUGAUCAGCUGUCCUGUCAUACGCAAACGUUACUGGGGUUAGAAGAUUUCUUGGAGCCUAAGAAUAUGGGUUUGAUUCAAAAGUCAAAGAAGUUUGUAGAAACGCUCCUGCUUUGGGUUUUGAAUCCAUCCCAAAGAGACUGAAGUUCGGCCAACUUAAACAAGUUUUAAAAAUUUUUAUUCAGUUGCUUUUUAACAAAAAAAAAAUUUUGAGAAAAAUGGGUGGCUUUGGAAACAAAGACAUGAAAUAGCCUCGGAUCUAUUUAAAAAUAGGAGAUGAUGUAAGCAAUGUCUGUUUAAUGACUAGAUGGAUCCUCUUUAAAAGCAGUUGCAGUAGAUUUUUGCUUGUGCAUAGCUAGAGUACAGGCAGACUUGCUUGCUGUGGUUUUUAGCUGCUUUUUGCAGUAGCUGGAUAUCAUAAUAUACGUAAACAUACUAUAUGUAUGUAUGUGUAUAUGCAUUUUAUUAUACACAUACAUACAUACAUACAGCCUGUAUUAUUACCAUAUCUUUAUAAUACCUUAAGGUUCGGUAGCAAAAGUAGCAAUUAGGUGAGUCACUUGUUAAAGUGUUUGUUAAGCGUCUUGUUAGUUCUCAAAUCCUAACUUAAAACUGGAUCUGUUGGCAAUGCCCAAUUUGAAUGGUAACCUAACUUUUAGUUCCAUUUGUUGUGUCUCCUCCCAAAAAUCCCAGAGGAAGUAGAGGUAAAGGUAGACGGAUGUGUUAUUUCCAUGUUCUCUUUCAGCACAUAGUUAAAUCUGAACAUCUUAAGUUAACUUUCUUGGAAGAUCUGUUGCAACCAUUAUCUUGUUCUUUCUUUAUCAUGCAUUCAAAAUACAAUGCAAAAUACAAAAAAAUUUAAUGUAGUAUGUAAAUAUUGAACUUUUAAAAUUAAAAUGUUAUUCAAAGUGCUUACAGUCAACCACAUCUUAGCUAUUUGUUAGUUUUUUUGUGUUGUCUUAUCUAAGUUUAGUGGAUACAGUUCCAUAAAUGUUGAUGUGUUUUUUGUGUAUAUCUUCAAAUUUUUAUAAAGAUGCUAGUAAGUCAAUACAUAUAUCCUGAUCUGUGUAUUAUUUGUUCACAAUUUUUAUUAGCAUAAUUUUAUAAUGAUUCUAUUAGGUGACUCCAGUAGGUGACUAUAUGGAGCCAGCUUUUUUUUUUUUUGAAUUAUUUUGUUUAUAUCUUGUAGCACUGGAGAAUUCACUUUAUAACUAUUCGUAUCUUGCCUUGACUAAAAGAUUGGUUUGGCCAUAUGAUCUGUGGUGUUUUAGUAGAAUGUUUUACAUUUUUAAAAAAGCUCUGUCCUUUAACUUUUAAGGGGAUAUACAGUGCACUGUCAGACCAAGGUAUGGGGCUUUAGGUUUGUUUGAUUUUGUUGUACCAGCACAGAUAGGUCUGCCUUGUAAUAUUGUUCUCAAAAGUUUGGGAUAUUUUUGUUUUACCCAUCAUUCAAGUCGGUCGCGUUAACACUUUAUUUCAUCAGAAUGUUAGCAAUUGAUGUGGCACAUAUUGUAUGAUGAAACAAUCUGCAGUAUUGGAAAAGCUCAGUAAAAUUGUCGCUAGGUAAAAGGACACAUCUGUAGCAUCUUCAUAGCUGAAGGAGCUGCUGUGCAGAUAUAUUUCUAUAAAGUAGUGGUAGAGAAUAAACGUAGACAGGCCCAUGCAUCUCCCAUAUGAUUUCACAAGAGGAGAGUGAAUCCUGACACCCCCUUUGCAAAAUAUCUUCAGAUAUGUAGCUCAUUCCCCAGUUUAAUUCUGAAAAUUCACUUUAGAAUUCCAAAUUUUGGUUAAAAGUCCUUCUAGCCCUGAAAAUACCAAAUGCACUGGGCAUUUGAAUCCUUUCACCUUAGGUUUCCACUGCAAGGAUUUAGCUGAGAGAUUUUUUACAAAACUGUAGGUUCUUUCAGAGUGCCUGGGCCUUGGGGGUCCUCCCAGGUUUUUCUUAACGUAGUCUAACGACUCGGAAUGAGAAAGAGCCUUUUACUUGGUACUGGAUUUUCUCCUAGUUUUAAAAUAGUGUUUUCUAUCUGUUGAGCUUUAAACUGUGCAGUGUCCAAGAAGCUGCUGUAUGCCCUUUUCUAUAGAAACUGUGUGUAUGUAUGUGUGCGUGGCUGUGUUGCCCUCCUAGAGGCUGGGUGGGAGGGAGGGUGCGGGUUUUCAUUUUUGUGGGGUUUUUGCCUGUUUGUCUUACUCUGGAGAUCUCCUGGGUUUGUUCUGGCACAGUAUUGUGGUGUUUGUCCUUCCCAUAGCCUUGCGCUUGCAUGGGCGGCGAUAUUCAAAGGUGAAACUGGCUUUUCGUGUUCGCUGUCAAAAAGGCAUUUUUUUGGGUCAUAUCGGCACCAACCUUUUUUUAAAUUAUUUUUGGUGCUUUUUACUUUUUAUUUUUUUUAGCAGCACAUGGGAUGAGAAAUAAAUGUGGAGGAAACAUACUGAACAGACUGCAGAAAGUUAGCUAGAUUAUAAAGGAUAUAGAUCAUUUGGGGUAACAUAGGGCUUUUGUUUCAAUGUUACCUUAAAUCUUGCCUUAAAUACUAAGUAUUUCAUAAGCAUUAAUACUAGAAUUAUUUUCUCUUAAAUUAAAUCCUAAGGAUUUUCUGUAAGGUUUUUUGUAACCUGAUUUCUAAUCAUGAAGAUAACUUAUUAUCCACAUGAGCACAGGGCCUUGUGUACAAAAACACUGAUUCAUAUUGAAUCCCUACGUAUACCAUCUUCUGGUAUAAUAUGGUUGGGAAGGAUCAUUUUGUUCCUUUUAACACUGCUUUUUGCAGGGUUUUUUGGGGUUUUUUAAGUCUCCAUUUUCUUUUUCGGUGCUUAUUUUGCUGGAAAGUAUGGUCCCUACUGCACUAUAUAAACGCUCAAGGGGAAAGUUAAUCUCACUGGGUCUUUUAGGUGCUUGUGUUGCUUUCUCACUUCUUGGUUGGACGCACUUAUUUUUCUAACUAACUGGAAAUGGGCCUUGUAUAUACUCAGUUUUUCGACAGGUUACAUUCCUUUUUUUAAUGUAACAGCACUCAGGUUAACUGAUUUUUACCAGGUGAAUCGUUUUAAGCAUUAUUACAGAUUAAGCAUAUUUUUGUAAAGGAACUGAUGUACAGUUAAAUGUAGCUGUAUUGCAAUGCUGUGUUUGUUUAUUUGGAAGAUCACAAUUUAAGCAAAGCACUGCUGUAUUAAUGUUACGUUCAUUCAGUGGUUCAGGAUUUCUUUGUGUACAUCUAAUGGUUCUGAAUGUGCAAUUCAUUUUUUCCUGCUGUCUGUCAGGCUGCCUUCGAAACCUUGUAGUUUUGUUUCCGUUUAUAUAAUAACAAGAGUUUUUUUCAGGAUUUCUUUUUCAGGCGAUGAAACUUCUUUCAGCAGUUGUUAAGUCCCAAUUAAUACACGUUUUCCACUUACAGAUACAGCAAAGAUAAGAUGCUAACUCUAAUUUAUUCACAGCUGGUCUUCUGCAUGCAGGUUUUUAUUGGUACAAAGUACCCCUAGAACAAGUCAACUGUCUUUUUGUUUUCUCCCUCUUGUGGUGGCCUUUUUUCUCUAUGCUUUUCUCUAUGCUUUACCACAUUUCCAUCUCAUUUGCCCCCAUUUUUUUCAUUCCUGCAAGGAUAUUUGUAUCCUUGCUGUGUUCUUGCACUUUUGACUCUAUAUUCGUCUCUCCACACAUUUUCCUGUCUGAGUCCCUAGCACGACCCUUUUGCUGUAGUUUCUGUUCUGUUUUCACUGCUAGCUGUUUUGAGGAUAUCUGAAGCCUAGAUUCCAUACCAGAAGUAUAUUAUACUGUAUUUUUCCUUGCAGAUUUUGUUGUAGUGUAUAAAGUUGAGGUCACUUUUACAGGUAUCACACCGUAGGAGAGGCUGCACUUCCCAAAGCCCUGGAGAAACACCACUUAACCAUUUUGCUUUGCAGUUUUAUCCAUGCUGGAGAGUUACAGCAUUUUCCAUAUAUGCUCUAGCAUUUGUGGCAAGCCAGGAGAAACAGGAUUAACAAAUGUUUUUUCCUCUUUACUUUUUCAGGAGUUCUGUUCUUGAAUUCAGUGAUAGUAGUAGCACUUUUUUUAUUGCCACUUAGAAAUACGAGCACUGUCAACACAAUUCUACCUCUAUUACUAUUACUGAAUGUGAUCCUUCCUAACCUGUAAAGUCUUAAACGCUGUAUAUAUUUGGGUAUUUUGAGAAUCACUUAAAGUGUGUUGCUCUAAUCUGGAUUACAGAGUUUGUUUGCUAGCAGUUCAGAAUAUAAAUUCAAGAGCCGACUGUAUCAUACUGACUCCACUGGCGGUUCAUCUGCCUCAUGUUGUCUACAGCGUCCUCUGCACAAGUUGUUUACCUCUUAUUUCUCAAGUGUAAUGCUUUUCCAAACACUUCCACUUGCAUAAGAGAUCUUUCUGUAGUACCUAUUUAAGUGAAUGUUAAAAUGGAAACACAAAAAAUAAUCUCAUGUACAAGUUUUUUUUACAUGUAAUUCCAUAUUUAAAAUGUCAAUAUGUGAAUAAAUGUAUUUAUUGUAACAAAUAUGUCAAUAAAACUUUCUCUUUAUCAUG